GUUUGGUAGCAGGACCAGGGGCCCGAUCUACGCAAAAUCAUUCAAACAUUUCUUCUCCAAACGCAGCACGUCAAUCGAUUCUGAGAUCAAGCAAUUCCUGAGGAAGAGGGGUUCAGAUUUUGCUACAAGACAUUCCCAGGAUUUCCACUGAAAAAUCAAACUGACCCAAAUCCAUCAUCAUACUCACAGCUUUUUAUUGUAUAGAAAAGGGCAAAAGCCAUGAAGAGUUGUUGGAAGAAACGAGAACUCACAUUUCUGAUUCUCUAUGCUCUCCUUUUCUACAUUAUCAUCAUUCGGCGCUCCCUUCAAAUUUCUCAUGAUUAUUCUCACAAGGUCUUUGGUUUGCGUCCUGGGUGGGUUCCUGAUCAGCUCAAUGAUGUCUCUGAUGCUCAAUGGAGAAACUUUCGGGGGAACUUGCAUAUUCUUACUGUUGUUUUUGGAAUUUUUGCAUUUGUGGCCAAUAUGUUGAGGGCAUGUUGUCAAUUAAAAGCAAAGGGAAUGGCAGUAGUUUGGCUUUUGAUAUCUUUGAUUUACCUAGCAUAUCUACAUGGAGCCUGCAUCAUAUUUGUCCUAUCAAUUGCUUCAGCUAAUUUUCUUCUCGUAAAGAUAUUUGCACGAACAAAGUACUUCUCAUCAGCACUUUGGACUUUCAACUUAUUUUUUCUUAUAUAUAAUCGUAUUCAUGAAGGAUAUUCAUUCUCCACUUUUGGGCAACAUUGGGCUUAUUUGGACAACUUCCGGGGUACCUUUAGAUGGCAUAUUUGUUUCAACUUUGUUAUUUUGCGCAUGAUAAGCUUUGGAUAUGAUUACCAUUGGGCUCAUCAAGGUUCUCAUUUUGAUCAGAAGAAGCACAUUCAACGCUGCCAUAUUUGUAAAGCAGGGAAAGCAUGUUACUUACAUUUACAGGAGAGAAGUGUCCAGAAUGACAAGUUCUCCUUUAGCAUAUACUUGUGCUAUUUGGUGUAUGCACCACUUUACAUUGCUGGCCCAAUUAUCAGCUUCAAUGCUUUUGCUUCACAGUUAGAUAUGCCUCAGAAUAAUUAUUCAGUGAGAGAUGUGUCUUGGUACGGGUUACGCUGGCUCUUUAGUCUUUUCUUAAUGGAACUAAUGACACAUCUGUUUUAUUACAAUGCCUUUGCAAUCAGUGGCUUGUGGAAACAGUUGUCUCCUAUGGAUGUUUUCAUCAUUGGUUAUGGGGUUUUAAACUUCAUGUGGCUAAAGUUCUUUUUGAUGUGGCGCUACUUUCGAUUAUGGUCACUGAUUUGUGGCAUUGAGGCCCCUGAGAAUAUGCCAAGGUGUAUCAAUAAUUGCUACAACUUGGAAAGUUUCUGGAAGAACUGGCAUGCUUCCUUCAACAAAUGGCUUGUCAGGUACAUGUACAUUCCUCUUGGGGGCUCUCAGAGAAAGCUUCUAAAUAUAUGGGUUAUAUUCACAUUUGUUGCUAUAUGGCACGACUUAGAGUGGAAGCUUCUUUCAUGGGCAUGGUUAACGUGUUUAUUCUUUGUUCCAGAGAUGAUACUGAAAUCAUUGGCAAAUGCAUUUCAGGCUGAGAGUGCUUUUGGGGAAUUUAUUUUCCGUGAACUUAGUGCAGUUGCUGGUUCUGUCACAAUCACUUGCCUCAUGGUUGCCAAUCUUGUUGGAUACGUCAUUGGACCAUCAGGCAUUAAUUGGUUUAUUUCUCAGUUCCUUCAGAAAGAAGGACUUCCAAUUCUGGGCGGCAUGUUUAUAACAUUUUAUGUUGGAACAAAGCUUAUGUUCCACAUUGAUGAUGCCAAGAAAAGGAGGCAACAGCACUGAAUUAAAGAUUACAAAUUUGGAAUCCAAGUCCGAUUUUGCCAAUAUUGCUGAUUUAUAGAGGCUACUAGGGAGAUUUUCCUAAAACAAAUAGACCCUCUAAACUUAACAGGUUCAAGAGGUUCUGUUCUUCCAUUUUAAUACUUGCUUUCUGUGUUUCUUUCUUAAUAUUCAGUUUUGAGGCAGAUAAGGAAGGUGCCAUAUAGUGACACAAUACUGUCUACUCUAUUGUUGUUGGGUUUCUCAAGUAGAAGGGCAUGCAAAAUCAUCCCUUCUCCAAAAUUAUGUCUUGUAUAUGGAAUUGGAAUAUCCACACUGGGAUCAGACGCUUACUAACUCCAAAAUUAUGUGUUUUAUAUGCGUUUUGUGUAUAUAUGGUUUUCCAGUGUGUA